AGGAAAUAGUGCUUUUUGGGUUCCCGUACACUUCUGCAUGUGUUCUCAUUUUACUCAUUUGCAGGUUCCAGUACAAAUUAGUGCUGACUAUUUGUUACUAUACACACCUCAUAAUAGGGGCUGAAAUCAUCGAUACUAUCGAUAGCCCUAGCGAUAGUUUUUCAUCACUACAACUGACCAAAUCAGCUGUUCACAAAAUUAAGUUAGGAAUUCGGAGCACUAUUUUCGCAGCCGUACACAAAUUUGUAAACUUUGGAGUCAUGUAUUAUAUUAAAGCGGUGAUAACAGCAUUGCAAAUCAAAUGAAAUAUUCGGCAGUAUGAUAUUAAAAAUAAACCAGAGGAGUUAUAAUGUUACGGACUUGGCUGCGCGCAUCGCCUUGGUGCUAUUGCUGAUAUAUUGGAUUAUGCCAUGGCGCUUUGCUUCACAUUACGAGUUUUUACACCAAAAUCAAAUAAGUGAGGAGCUUGUCGAGCAAGUUACCAGUAAUAUCUCCAUGCAACGCAUGCCUUCAUGUGAUUACAGUGAUAUUAUAGCAGAUAAUGCAAACACAUAUCGGCCGCAGUAUCGCGAACAUGUACUGCGUGGAGAAGAAAUAAUACCCGGAGGUGAAUAUUUUCCGGAGGAGUGCAGCGCACGAUUUAGUACCGCAAUCAUUGUGCCUUACCGCAAGCGGGAGGAGCAACUUCAUGCUUUUCUUAUCUACAUGCACAAUUAUCUGCGGCAGCAACGCAUUCAUUAUCGAAUUUUCCUAAUUGAACAAUAUGAUCAGAAACCAUUUAACCGGGCGAAGCUAUUCAAUAUAGGCUCAGUAAUUGCUGCUGAACUGGAAUUUCCUUGUUUAAUAUUACACGAUGUCGAUCUGCUCCCGAUGAACCUAGGUCAACUAUACGCUUGUACACUGAAUCCGCGACAUAUGUGCUCCGCUUUGGAUAUUUUCCGUUUUACAUUGCCAUAUCGUGGACUAUUUGGAGGAGUUGUGGCUAUACGAACGCAGCAAUAUAGAUUUAUUAACGGAAUGUCAAACUUGUUCGAGGGCUGGGGAGGUGAGGACGAUGAUUUCUUCAACAGAUUGUACUCCCAUAAAAUUGAUAUUUGUCGCUUUGAGCCGGGAUAUAGUAAAUACACGAUGAUGCGACACAAGCCAGAGAAAAAGAACGAAGAUCGGCUGAAGUUGUUAAGAAAUGGUUACAAGCGCUUCCUGACUGAUGGCCUAAAUUCGUUGGAGUACAAAGAAAAGGAACGUCGACUUCAUAGCUUAUUCACACACAUUCUCGUCGAAACCGUAUCAGCUCGAAAUUCACCGUUUGGCAGGAGUUCCAAAAAACUAUUUAUCAUGAUCACAUGUGCUCUUACAACAAAUCAAAAACAAAAACUACUUCAGGUUUUGCUGGCAGAAAUGUAUGAUUGUACUCUGAGGUAAAUGUAUAAUCGGAGAACAAUUUUAUCGCAUAAUAUCGAAAAUGACAAAUUUUUAAUUAAUUCACUUUUGAUGCAUGUGUGCGGAUUGCUUUAUCUGGUACUUCACAUCACGUUGUUCUUAACCAAAUUUCAUGUACGUACAUAUACAGUAUUGGCCAAUACAAUAGCACCCCCAUUUCAAAGUGAUAUUGUU